AAAUGCGAGGUUCGCGAACGGAAAUUUGCCGCGUUAUCCGAUGAUUCGGAGUUCAAGACUGAUGCCUUCAAGACUGCCCUCAUCCCCCAGCUCAUGUCAGAAGACGACGACGAGACAAAUGAAGAAGGACGUCUCACUGGAAGAUACAUCUCUCGUCCUUGGGUCUGGGCCAGUGAGCAGAGAAACCAGUUUAUCGCUGCUGUCGAUGCUCAACAGGACCCUCAUCCACCGAAACGUUACACUAUUCGGGUGCGAGGCGAGACACUCGAUGUCACUAUUCCGCGGAUUCAGAAGGUUGAACAUCGUGCGAGGAGGUGGAUGGUAUCGCAGGAGUGGCUUGCACAGCCAGAGAAUCAAAAGUAUGAUGUACCGGCGUUUGUUGUCGACAAUGGGAAAGCAUGGGGCGAUCCGAAGGACCCGGAAGAAACCAUAUCUGCCCAGAAGCGUGUCAAGAUCCAAAAGAAAGAUGUCGCCGCGCGUAAGAGAGCGAAAUUGGUAGACAAAGGGAAUACGAAGCCAGGGAAGGGUAAGAAAAAAGCAGGAUCGAAAAAGGACAAGGGGAAAGCGAGAGCGAUUGAUGUUGAUGAGGAGCCAACUCAGCCGAAGAACACAGUGCCUGCGCAGCCUGUCGCAAGCACAUCAAACACAAAUCAGAUGGUUGACGACAGUCUUGAUAGCGACUUUGAAGAUUAA